GGUGCAGGGACUGGCUUUAUCGGGAUCUUGGCAGCGAUGGUGGGUGCGAAACGGGUGUGUAUGACAGAUGGCUCAGAAGAGGUCGUCGACGGUAUCGCACGGAAUAUCGCAUUGAACGAGGUCGACCAUACCAUGGUUACGGCUAAAUGCCUAUGGUGGGGAACGGAUCCAAUAGAAGAGGAUUGGGACGUCGUAUUGGGUGCGGACGUGACAUAUGACGCCGCGGUCGUUCCGUCGCUGGUCGCGACGAUUGCGGAAGCGUUGGCGAGGAGGCCUGGGGUGUUGGUGUUGAUUGCUGCAACGAUUAGGAAUGAGGAUACGUUCGCUGCGUUUGAGAAGGCGUGUGAUGAGAGAGGAUUUAGACGGACGGAUGUGGAUAUGUCCUCGAUACCGCAGGUGUUUUUCUACUCAAAGGCUGUGCCAAUACGGAUUGUGCAAAUUCAACCUAGACUAGAAACAUGAUCUUUUUGUAGAAAUCUAGUUCGCCCGUGGCUGUUGCUGUUGUAAUCUUCGCACAGCAUUCGCCGUAACCUCCCUAACAUCCCCCUCACCCCCAACUCUAGCCUCAACCAUAUUCAGCACCAUCUUCC